GCGUUAGGGAAAGGAACGUGGCCGACAUACUUUUGACAAGCCCUCUUCAAGAGGCGCACUAAUGAGAGGAAACGGAAAGACAAACUUUGCUUUAAAGAUAAAAGGAGAGAUUGAACUGUAAAUCUGAGAAGACAGCGAGCUUGAGUAGACGAACACCAACAUAUGGUUGAAGCACAAAGAAGAAAAUCAAGAAAUUUAAUGACUUAUCGCAACUGAAGAGCUUCCUGAGAACUUUUGAAAUAACAGAAAAUCAAAAGAAAAGCAACUGAAAGAGUCAAAGUGUCGGAAGAGACCAGAAGAAGACCCGCACUGCCUGCAACAUCUCCAGCGGCAAGACAAAGUCGGAAGAACGAUUUGAAUGCAAAAAGGGACGAACACUUUUAAGAAGCAGAAGUCCACCUGGAGAAAAGUUCUGACUGAACUUCAGAAGAAAGUCAACCUACUGUUUGUGAUCAAAUCCCUCCACUUCGUCGUAGUUUUGCGCAGUAACGGCCAUCAUGCUUUUCAGAGGAGCCUUAGUGUCAGUGAUGAAGGUAGUCCUAAGUCUGAUCAUCCUUGUGAAUGGAAUGGAGUCAGCACCUACUGAACGAGGCAUCGUCAAAUUGACUCAUCCUCUCCCCGGUCUCACUCGUGCAUCAGCUGUACCAGAGAAGCCUUCAGGACCCAGUCCAAGUCGGCACCUCAAACAGUGGUUUCUGAGUACCAGAGCAGCUGCAGUGGACCGGACGACAAGACUCACGGACAGAACCACAGCGGGGACGAUCACCGCCGCCAUCAAGGCCGGACGACUAAGAGCCAAGCCGAGGACAGACGGUCCAGACAAACAAGCUCAGAUGCUGAAGAUGAUGUCAGUGCUGGAGGAGCUGCACAGGACAUUUAACAGCACCUUGAGCUCAAAGAUCACCAUCAUGCCAAGAGCAAAUGGAAGAAGUUCAGGAAGAAAAAAUAAAGUGCCUCCUGCUUCUGACGGAGGUGUGAAGCAAACCACUGCAGCCCCGGCAGUGGCAAACAGCACCGCUUCCAAAACCAGCGCGGACGCCGUCAUUCCCAGUCUGACAGGUCGGAACUUCAGGAAGUCCCUCCCACCGCAGACCAAGAAGACCAACAAAAGAGUGUGUUUCUGGAAGUACUGCUCCCAGAACUGAUUGUCCCUCAACUGCUGGUCUCCGUUUUUAGUCUAAGACCCUUCUCUUCUCCGCCUCCAUCUAUCCAUCAAUCCAUCCAAAUCAUCCAUCCAUCCAUCCAUCCAUCCAUCCACGGUAAGAUGUGUACAGCUUGUACAAUAUUUUAGUUGCAGGUUGGUCACCUUCCUGAAAACGUCUGGUUUAGUUCAGUCCUGAUGCUGAUUCACAAACUUCUAAAUGGUUCAGAGUAACUACAGCAGGACUGUAGAUAAAUAUGUGCUUGAUCACAUGCCAUGCCUUUUCCUUACAAAGAUGUGAACUUUAAAGAAGAGGUCACCUUGGCAUAAAACGAGGCUCACAGUUUUCCUUCUUUGUGAGGUUUGGAAAGUUCAGAGAUUUGUUAACAGGAGGAAAGACUACACUGACCACAAUACAAUAAAAUGGAUCAAUUACAAUUUAACUUGAAAAUCUAGCUUGAACUGCUAAAUCUUGCACCUUGGUUUCAUCCACCCAUCCAUCUCUUCAUCCAUCCCUCCAUCGCUCGUCCUCUCCUCUGGCACCGCUCUGACCUCUGAGUGCUAGGAGACAGUUUCCGUGGCAUCCGGAAGCCCCAAACCUCCCCCGACGCCGGCGCCAGCCUCGACUCGGACCUUUUCAUUCACUCAUUAAUUAACAAGACUGACCAAUCAAAGAAGACGAUGUGUGCCCGCGGCCGGGCUCAUGAACAAACACGCUGUUAACCCUUUCUUCACCUCGACAAACACACGUCGUUUUUGUAUGUGUGCGCCAACUUUAAAAUAAAAUUCAUUUCUAGCAUUGCAAAAACCCCAUUGUGACAAUAAAGAUUGAUAUUUUAUUUUUUACAGACACACUCUCUUUAGUUGUUAAUUAUGCGUACAGAGUCACACUCUGAGGUCACCUGCCAAAUCUCUCCAAAACAGAAGCAUGCAACUUAAAUUCUACUGUACAGUACAAGGUCAUUAAAAGGAGGUCCCCUCUUUAAAUGCAUCUUUUCAUACAUCACAUGCCUCCAGGAUCUCUCAAUGCUUCUCUUGGUUUGGUUUCAUACAAAGUCUGCAAUUGUCUGCUGAUAUAAAAUACUUUUUGGUGAGGGAUUGAGUUCUCUGAAAGGCUUAGAAAAACUGGGUUUUGUUUCAAGGUUUUGUUCAUUGGAGUUGAAAUUGGGAAAUGUUGCAUAUUGCAAUUAAGGGGCCAUUAUGCAGAAAAGCAUGAAUAAGCUAUUCUCUUAUUCUCACAUCUACAGUUAAUGUAGUAGUGACUUAAAACUUGACAUGCCAAAGGUUUACGAUUGUGUUCUUUUCACAAGAGUCAACAAACAUUAGACAUGACAUCAGCCUGCAAUUUGACAAGAUUGUUAGUUUAUUCUUGAACCACUAAGAGGUUCUAAUACCUGUUUAUCAAACUUCUCAGCACUGGUUGGUAAAGAGAAAUCAGCUGAGUGAUUCAAAAAGUGUAAAUAUUCAAACCUGUCCAUCAGUGCAGAGAGAUCAGGCCUUGAAUGAUGAACUUAAAGUCAUCGAUUUAUCUCAUUAGAUGUCUAUGAAAUAUAUCAUGCUCUGGAACUCUACAAUAAUACUAUUUAAA